AUGUUUAAAACAAGAUUUUCAUGGUCUCUUUCUUUGUAAUAUUAGUGUCUUUUUCUGAAUCUAAUACUCCAUCUACUUUCCUUCUCGUUGUUCACAAACAGGUCAAUUGGUAUUGCCAAAUCAAUCAGUAUCAGAGAGCCGUAGCUUCGUAGAGUUUUCAUCACAAAAAUGGUGGUUAGGGAGUCUGAGAUUGGCGAGGUUGAGUCACCGUUGCAGGUGGUGGAUCAGCAGCAGAAGAACCACCCUUUCUGAGCCCUUGGAAGACAAUCCUCAAUCUAUUCUCUCACUCUUGAUGAGUUCCAAAACACGUUGUGCGAGGGUGGCAAGAACUUCAGGUCUAUGAACAUGGAUGAGUUCCUCACCAGCAUCUGGAACGCUGAAGAAAACCAAGGUAUCAACUCCAACAAUAACGAUCAUCAGUACAACUGUCCAAAUAAACGAGUUAGCAGCCAUGUUCGUUUGUCUUUGAAAGAAACAGCAAGCAGUAAAGGCAUAGAUAAGCAGCCUAGCUUGCCUAGGCAAGCCUCGCUUACCUUUCCUGAACCAUUGUGUAGGAAGACUGUUGAUGAAGUUUGGUCUGAGAUACAUAAAGGGCAGCGAGGGCAAGGACAGUUCAGUAACAAUAGCAAUGUACAGAAUACUGAGAACAGCAAUACCAGGCAGCCAGCUUUUGGGGAGGUGACCUUGGAGGAUUUCUUGAUUAAGGCAGGGGUAGUCAGGGAACAUUGCACGCCACCAGCGGUACCACCUCCGCAGCAUCAGCCACAAUACGGAUUGUAUCAGACUAGCAAAAACCCUGCAGUGGGUCCAGGUUUUGUUUCCAGGCCUAUUAUGGGAAUGGGUAGCAGCACUGGUGGCUUUGGUGGGAGCUACCAGACAAUGCCUCCAGGUCGAGUCCUCGGUGAUUCAUCAGGAUAUGUUAAUGACGGUAAGAGGGGUGGUGGCUACCUGCCAGCUACCCAGCUGCCAUCGACAGUGGUUUGUUAUAGAGGGAAGGUAGCUGCGCCUGCUGGUGGUUAUGGACCUGGACCGGCAAUGGGAGUGGUGUCACCAAACUCAUCAGAAGGGAUGUUUACCAAUCAAGUUGAUAAUGCAGCAAUUCAAUUUGGGAUGGAGAUGGGAGGACUACGAGUAAGGAAAAUGGUCAUUGAUGGUCCAGUAGAGAAGGUAGUUGAGAGAAGGCAACGCAGGAUGAUUAAGAAUAGGGAGUCAGCUGCUAGGUCUAGAGCUAGAAAACAGUCACAUACAGUUGAGUUUGAAGCAGAAUUGAUCCAAUUGAAACAAGAGAAUGCCCACCUUAAGCAGGGAUUUCUAGAACUCGAGAGGAAAAGAAAGCAACAGUACUUUGAAGAAUGGAAAAUGAAAACAUAAACCAAAGCCCAAAAUGCUAAAGAGAAACUAAGAAUAAUGAGAAGAAAUCUGAGUUGUUCAUUGUAAAGCAAAACGAAAAUGACACAAGGUAAAAUUUGAGUUGUUUGCCUUUCUACGACCGACCUAAAGCUAGCAAGGAGAACAGUUUGAAAUAAAGAAAUUUUGACUACCUGAAUCUGCAGCUCAUCAACCUUAAAAUAAAUGACAGAG